AUAAAAAGAAAUGGGGAAAGCUAGGGAAUAAUAGGGAAAUCAGAAGGAAAAUCGUUUCAGCCCGGUAAAGCAACCCAAUCACCCUGUUCGAGAGAAAUACCGCUCCGAGGCGAGAGAAACGACAGGCUGAUCUGUUACCCUCGCCCAUCCUGGGCUGAUGGGUUGGCACACAUUGGCUAUGCAGUUUCUCGUGCAAGGUAUAGUCUGUAUGUGGUUGAGGUUCAGACGCAGGCUAAGCCGGGCGUUGCUGAGCCUUUCUUUGCCUUACCGAGUCGGUGAGAAAAUACCUACUACUAACUACUACUUAAUGGGCGAUGCUUGCCUUGCCAGGCCUUGGCCUGCCCUGCCCUGCAUCUUCCAUGGUUGUGACUCGCCCGCUCCAGCACCGCGUGUUCUUUGUUUGACCACGUCUGAUCGGUCGUCGUACCCAAAUAAGAUUAUCAGAUUAUCCAAGGCAGUCUUCGCAUCUCUUGAAUCCUCUUGAUUCUGUUACGUCGCCAUAUCCAGCAAUAUCUUUGUCGACAAUUGAUCUACCGCGAUCAACUGCAAUACUACUACUAUAA